UAGCGCCUUGGUUGACAUUGUUGUUGUUGUUGUGAAUGUACUUAGUCGCCAAGUCUUUUUAAGACAAUACACAAUACGUAUUUUGAACAUUUAAACAAAGCAGAAUAACAAAUCUAACUAAAGGAAGACGACCCAGCGGUGAUCUUCUGCAAGCGAAAAGCCGGAGUGGGAGGAAAUGAGAGAGAAAUUUCGCGAGGCCGCUCGAGGUGUGGCUGAAGCAGUGCUUUUGUUUUAAGGGAGAACUGUUCUCCUGUCAUUUCUCUUUCCUGAUGUCCCCUUCUGCAUCAUAAAUUCAUGAUCACAUGACUUUGGAUAUGGACGCAGUCCUGUCCGACUUUGUUCGUUCUACUGGAGCCGAACCGGGACUGGCCAGAGACCUGCUGGAGGGCAAGAACUGGGACCUCACAGCUGCGCUGAGCGACUUUGAGCAGCUGAGACAAGUGCACGCCGGUAACCUGUCAUGCACCUUUACAGAGGAGAGAGAGUAUCCCACUAUUGAUAAGGAGAUGGCACGGAUGGGGCGGCCCCUCUUGCAUCGCCAAGAUGAGGUUGUGCAAGCAGCCACAGAGAAGCGCCUGUCGAGGGGAAUUUCUCAUGCCAGCUCCACCAUCGUCUCUCUGGCCCGUUCGCACGUGUCCUGUACAGGCAGCAUCAACGAGCCGCUUCUCGACACUCCGCUCUGCACUUUCCAGUUGCCCGACCUCACCAUCUACAGAGAUGACUUCCGGGGCUUCAUUGAAAGAGAUCUUAUCGAGCAGUCUAUGAUGGUGGCUUUGGAGCAUGCUGGCCGGCUAAACUGGUGGACUCGUUUGGGGACUGGCUGUCAGAGUUUAUUGCCUCUGGCUACUAGUGGAGAUGGGAAUUGCCUGUUACAUGCAGCUUCUCUGGGUAUGUGGGGCUUCCAUGAUCGAGACCUGAUGUUGCGUAAGUCUCUCUAUGCACUGAUGGAUCAUGGACAGGAGAGGGAGGCGCUAAAGCGCAGAUGGAGAUGGCAACAGACCAUGCAGAACAAAGAGUCAGGGUUGGUGUACACGGAGGAAGAGUGGCAGAAAGAGUGGAAUGAGUUGUUGAAACUGGCAUCUAGUGAACCCAGGAUACAUUACAGCACCAAUGGCAGCAACAGUGCUGAGUCGCAAGAGGAGCCGGUGUAUGAGAGUCUGGAGGAGUUUCAUGUGUUUGUUCUGGCUCACGUGCUCCGCAGGCCGAUAGUGGUGGUGGCCGACACCAUGCUGCGAGACUCUGGAGGAGAAGCUUUUGCACCAAUCCCAUUUGGAGGGAUUUACCUGCCCCUGGAAGUACCAGCCAACAAGUGUCACCGCUCCCCUCUUGUUCUGGCAUAUGACCAGGCCCAUUUUUCCGCCCUGGUCUCAAUGGAGCAGAAGGACAGUUCAAAAGAGCAAGUGGUUAUCCCAUUGACCGAUUCGGACCAUAAGAUGCUGCCUUUGCACUUUGCUGUGGAUCCGGGGGAAGAAUGGGAGUGGGGCAAAGAUGACAACGACAAUGUGAUGCUAGCAAGUGUAACUCUAUCUCUGGAGGCCAAGCUUCAUCUGCUGCACAGCUACAUGACUGUCACCUGGCUUCCUCUGCCAUGUGAGGUACAGCAAGCCCCACUGGCUCAGCCAGAGUCACCUACAGCAUCUGCAGGAGAGGAUGCCCGCACCCCGCCGGACUCGGGAGAGUCUGAUAAGGAGUCAGUCAGCAGCAGUUCCAACGGCAACGGAGAUAGCAGUACUGCCGGAACCAGUGGGACAACUGGCAAAACUAGUGGUGGCUCGUCCAGUACUUCUAGCUCGUCCAGCAACAGUUCGACAGGACUGACCGGCACACUUGGCAAGGAGAAGGGCAAGAAAGACAAGGAUAAGGACAAGAAACGUGCAGACUCAGUUGCCAACAAGCUGGGUAGCUUUGGCAAGAGCCUGGGCAGUAAGCUGAAGAAGAAUGUGGGAGGCCUGAUGACAGGGAAGAAUGCAAGUGGGACUGGAGGCAAACAGGAGGGCCAGGAAAAAAAGAAAGGCUCUCUGAGAGGUCGUAAGGGCAGUAAGGACAGCUCUCCCUCCAUUCAGACCAGCUCUGAGGACUCCGGGAAAGGUUCACCCUCCUCAAACAGCGAGCGGCAAAAUGGAAACUGCUCUUCCGAAGGUGACCCUUUCAAAUACAGCUCGGACGUGAAGGUAAGUCUUAGCAUCCUCCGAUCCGCCAUGCAAGGCGAGAGAAAGUACAUCUUUGCUGCACUACUCACUACCAGCAACCGGCAGCCGUUCCAGGAGGAGAUGAUCCAGCAUUACCUGGUGGACGCAGAGGAGCGCUUCCAUGCAGAGCAGGAACAGAGGAGGGAAGCUGAGCGCAAAGCGCCGGGGGGUCUUGCAAUGACUGGUGGAUCCCAAUUGAAAAAGGACAUGGCGGAGCUAAGUUACCGAUGUUCUGAAGGCAAGGAGGAAGCUACUGACAACUCGCCUCCUACCUUCAACGCUUUUAAGUCCUCUUCUUUCAGCCCAGCCAUGUACUCGGGUGUUGUCACCAUACCAAGGCCCACAUUCAUUGAUCAUUCUCCUACCCCAAUCACCCAACAUCUACAUAUGCAUGGGUACAUGGAUACUCGACGGCAGCUUGCAGGAGGAUCACCUUCUUCUUACUCCGGCCUGCCAUCCUAUGCAACACUACCACGACACUGUCCUCUAGCACAGGGUCCUCCCCAUACCCAGUACCAUCCGCCUUCCACCACUUUGGGGAGCCCGUCCCGUAUCGCUCCCUGCUUGACGUCUUUUUCCCAGGAGCAUGACCCAACUGAUUACCCUGCCGAAACGAGCGGAGGAGGGUAUACAAAUGGCUUGCGGGACUUCCGCUCAACUUUGGACAGUCGCAAUGGGCUAAUGCCUGUGAGACAUUACUCCUUAGGCAGUGCAGGUGGCCUGGCCAAUCUGCAGUCCACCAAAUGCAGAACGUCUACCUGCAAUUACUAUGGCCACCCAGAGACGGGCAACUACUGCUCUUACUGCUACAGAGAAGAGCUGAAGAGAAGGGAAACAGAGCCAGCCAUUCACAGGUUCUGACUGAACAGUCGGUUCUGCUUUCUCCUAAAGGACUCUGUUGAGCCCACUGUGUGAGCCACAUCAUAUCCUGUUUGCUUUGAGAUAUGAGAUCGGCCUUUCCGAACAAGGUUACUGAGACUCAGACCGAGAGGACAAUGGUGGUUGACCGUGGUGGAAGUGGGACUGCUGUUGUGUUACAUUUGCUGUGGCUCAUAGGCAGAAGCCCAGCCCUGCUUGGUCAUGGUCAUCCUCUUACCUGUCUCCCUGUCUCCUCCUAGUGGCGAGAAUGUAGAGCACAGGCAAAUAGACAUUGGAGCACAACGUGCUAUUUUGCAUCACAUGAAUAUGCGUAUACCCCAAAAAUACACAUUAAGCACAACCAGAAAAUGCAUAUUUAUAUCAGCUGCGUUUGAAAAAAAUAAUAGACAUUUAGAGAUGAGAUAGUGUAGGAUUUCAGCUGCAAUCAAUAUAAGAUUUGCCAUAUUGCAGUUUUUAAGGCAACAAUACACUGUUGACUAAAAGUGAGUGUUAUAUUUUAAUCUGCACCCCUUUUAAAGCCAUACCUGGCUGGCUUAAAUUAGCUGUCUUCUAAUAUGGUGCUUUCUUGCUUCUAAGAUUUUCAGCUUGAACCUUGACAGCCUAACCUUGACAAAAUGUCCAUAUUAUAGAUUACUUUUGUUUACAUUCUAUUAUACAAAGCCCCUUAGAGGACAGGGUGGGAAUUUAUUUUCUCAUAGUUUUGUGUUCCCCCAUAAUUGUUUUGAAUUCUCUCUCUCAAAAAGUUUUCCAUUCCCUUGCAAUAGUUUGCAUUCCCUUACAAUAAGUUUUGCGUUCCCUCGCAAUAGUUUGUGCUCCCUCGCAAUAAGUUUUGCAUUCCCAUACAAUUUGGAGUUCCCUCGCAAUAGCUUCAUUCAACCUUUUAAAAAAAUUUACCAUUAUUUUUACUUCAGUAACCAUAGUAUUUUAGUAAUUGGUAGGAGCCAUGGUUUUAAAAAUCAUGGUACGUGUACCACAAAUUUAGCAUGGUAUAACUAUAGUAAAACUGUAGUAACUACAUUUUGUCAGAUUGAUUAUAUUACCAUAAUUUAGAUUUUUCUGUAUUAUUACUAUGAUUUUACCACAAACAUCAUGGUUAAAAUAUGGUAACUGUAAUAAAACAGUGGUACAUUUUGUGCUUACUAUGGUUUUUCUACAAAUACCAACUUUGGAUACUCUAGUAAAACAGUAGUUAAUUUUCAUGAUGUAUGUAUAAAGCUAUUGCUAGGGAAUGCAAAACAUUGCUAGGGGAUGCAAACAUUUUUGUGAGAUCAUCAAAUUUUUCCAAGGCAAUGCAAAAUUAUUUCAGAAAAUGCAUUCCCUCCCUUUUGGAGUUUCUUGGACAACAUUUGGUGCAAAAGAAAAAAGAAUGGUUUUCAAGUGCAAAACCUUUAAAAAAAAAAAAAAGUUUAUGCCCUUCGUCAAAGAAAGUCAUCAAUACUAUCCAUAGAAAAUGUCAUGAUUUCAGUAGUCCCAUCCUAAUAUUAAUACAAGGAUGAGCACCUCAUGUAAAUUUAUUCAGAAUGGUACAUUGUGGCAGUCUUUAUCCUGAAGUGUUAUAUUAACAGUUAGCUUAAUUCAAGUAAGGUACUCGCAGGUCAAAGAGGGGCAAUAAUAAAAACGAUUUCUGACAUAUUAGAAGUAAGCUCCUUUAAAUGUUACGGCUUCAAAUAUACCAGGAUUUUCCUUGAUGAUGUCGGGCUACCCUCAAAUUCCCUGGAAAUAUCUUCAGAGACAUUGCAUGAUCACCCCAGAUACUCAUGAUGGAGCAGUCGGAAGACUUUGCUGCACAAAUUCAAGCACUUUUCUUGUGUCCAGAUGUUGUACGCGUAAGGUUGUGGGUUUAAGACAUGACGAUGAUAGACUGUUAUGUUGCUGUGCUUCUUGUCUGGCUAUCAGACAGCGGUUUGCUCCGUUCUGAAGGUAGAGCUUGAAGUUAGCUCAUGUGGACUGCGGAGGUCAGGGUUUGGCUUUAGGUACCACUGUGUUGCGUGCAAGCUCACUUGUUUCCUAGUUGCCUUUUCAGUCUUAGUUCAAUUCUUCAGGGAAUUGUUGAACUGAAUUUCUACUUUUGUUUUGUUGGGGGGGUCGCCAUAUUGAUUUAGUCAAUAUUUUGGACAUUUGAGGUAUGCUACCAGAUCUCUCAGAAUCUAAACUGACAAAGGAUUUUAUGACAAACAUGACCUUUCAAAAUCCUAUUACACUGUUAACAGACAGUACAGCCUUUGGUAAAGCCAGCUAGUUGUGUUAAAGGGUUACUUCACCCAAAAAUACACUUUCUAUCACCAUAUACCCACGCUCAUGUCAUUCCAAAUCUGUAUGACUUUCUUCAAGCACAAUUAAAGUAGUUCAUGCGACUUGUGCACAGGUCUUCAGGAGUCAUAGGACAGCUAGGUGUGAUGACCAGAACAAAGUUGCUACUCACUGAAAAACUUCUGUUCUGCCAUAGCUCUCAAAUCUCAUACGCAUAUUUAUUUAGCAAGAUUUUCAGGUCUGUCAUUUUUCCGUAAGACUUUAAAUAUAGUGCUCAACUCGUAUUAACUACUUUUAUGGUGCGUUUUUGUCAUUUUUCGAGCUCCACAGUGCCUGUCACCACUCAUUUUAUUGUAUGACAAAGAGCAACCUGGACAUACUUUAUAUCCAUAAUCUCCUCUUCCUUUUGAAACAACAUAAGAGUGAGUAAUCAGUGUUGGAAAUAUCAUUUUUGAGUGAACUAUUCCUUUAAACUGAAGCUACAGCUUUCAUUGCUCAUGUGAAAUGGGCUCUACAGUACUGUAAGAUGAUGUUGCUGCUGUAAUCAUGAUCAUUUGAAUAGCUGAUGUGGGUAACUGUAAGUGGUGGUAGAUGUAGAACAGCAAACUCCCACUUUUAAAACACUAAAUACAAAUGUAAUCAGUCGUAUGCAAGGCCGCAACGCUUGUUAAAUGUUUCUGCAUUUGCUUUGCAAAUUUGCUAAAUUUAAAUACGCUAAGCUAGGAUGCUAACAAAAUGUACUUACCUACAACAUACCACUUCAUCUGGUAUCUCCCUGUUUGAAGAUUUAAAUUUUGUUUUGUCUUUAUUAAACAUUUACAUUUUAAAGGAAUAUUUCACCCAAAAAUGAAAAUUCUGCCAUCAUUUACGCACCCUCAUGUUGUUCCAUACCGUUUAACUUUCAUUCUUGAAUUACAGCCUCAGUCACCAUUCACUUUCAUUGAAUCUUUUUUUUUUUUUUUAACCUCAUACAGUGAAAGUGAAUGGUGAAAAACUCAUAUGGGUUUGAAACAACAUGAGGGUGAAUAAAUUAUGACUGAAUUUUCAUUUUUGGUUGAUCUGUCCCUUGAAAGCUCUAAAUUUCAUAAUACUUUUGACAGAGUGAAACAUUUCUUUGCAGCAAGAUAAUUUUGACAUGUUAUCCUCUAUUAUAACCAAUAGAUGGUGCACUUGUUUAGGUUUUUACAGCUAUUGCCAUUUCUAAAUCAAUAAAAUACUUUUUUUUAGUGACUUUUGACGCAUGCAGUUCCAUGGUGUAAAUAAGGGACGAAGAGUAUGCUGCUGCUUUUGGAUUUAGAACGUUAUUUUUUCAUUUGAUCAAGCACAUUUAAAUAUAAAAUGCAAGCAAAUAACCUUUUUUUUUUUUUUUUUGUCUUAUGUAAGGCAUAUAGCAUCUACCCAAACAUUAGAUUUCCAGAUUUCUGCUAAGUCGCAAAAAGGAAUUCAGUGUGUGAGCAUGUGUUUGUGGGUGUUUACUGUGUGUGUGUGUGUGUGUGUGUGUGUGUGUGUGUGUGUGUGUGUGUGUGUGUGUGUGUGUGUUUGGUAAAUUGUGGUUU